GGCUCGACGAAAUUAGGGUUCUGCCCCACUACGGUACCGUAGGUUGGUAGGGGACCUAUUCUCUCGGAUCUCGACUCCGUGCAAGAAGUGCAUUUCAGAUUCGAAGGCGUCUUGUUCACCUUCCAAUCCCUUUCUGAAGCCGCAGCGGCAGGGAGUGCGUGAAGGUGGCUAUAUGGCUGACGUCUCCAUGGCCACCCUGCAUGUGUAUGACGUUACAAAUUCUACUCCUUCCACGAAUGCGAACAUCUUACGAAUCAACCGGAUCACCAGGGACGCUCUCGGCAUUGGAGGGAUUUUCCAUGGAGCGAUUGAGGUCUACGGGGAGGAAUGGUCGUUUGGGUACUGCGAGGAUGGGUCAGGGGUGUUCUCCUGCCCCCCCAAGCAGAACCCCAUGUACAAGUACCGCGAGUCCAUACCUUUGGGCAUGACAGCAUUCGACCAGCAGAAAGUGCGCCAGAUCCUGGUGGCCCUCUCCAAGGAGUGGCCCGGCAGCUCAUAUGACCUGCUGGCAAAAAACUGCAACCACUUCUGUGAUGAGUUCAGUAAACGGCUUGGGGUGGGGCUCAUACCAGCUUGGGUGAAUAGAUUCGCCAAUGUUGGUGACUCUGCCGCAGAUUUAGCCGGGGCAACCAUGCUUCAGCUGCGGCAACUGCGGAACGAUAUGAGUGUUGCUGGGAGAAAUGCAUACCGGUGGAUGUUUGGCCCCCCAGUCACGGAAGGAGCUGCCUCUACAUCAGAGGAGAAGAAGCCGACAGCAGCCCCUCAAGAGCAGCGGCCUUUCUCACGGGGUACGUCCAUGUCAAGCAAGACAGGGGGGGAGGAGCUGACGGCCGUCGAGAAGAGGAAGUUGAACGGGGCAGAAGCAAGCAUCUCACCACCACUACCGGUGUGUCCUGUUCCUCAAAACGUUCACACGUUGGAAAGAGUGGCGUGACCAACGAGUGGCCCUAGAUUCCUCACAUUUCGUUCGAGAAAAUUUAUGCACGCGUAAACAGUCAAAGGCUGAACUUAGACGAAGCCAUGAAACUGCAGUCAGGUUGAAGCUUGCGGUAUGGUCGUCCUUCGUUGCGGCGCAGCAGCCAUUAAGGCUAGGCCAGGUAUGGUCGAGUUGUACUGAAAGGUACCUAUUAAAGGUCCACGGUACUCGAGUCACUGAUCAUGUACUUGUAUACUGAAAGCAAAGUCGGUGAGGUUAUUUCAUUGCUUGGUCUGCAGAGAUUGCAUACUAUGAUAGUGACGAAUUGCAGUUGCAUACAAAUUGCAAUCUUGACCUGUCAUUGUACUUCAGCGUCGCCGACAAAAUUGAACACUGAC